UAAAUUUUUCAGUCCCAAAUCAACAAUCUAUUCUUGAAAGCUUUGAAAAAUGAAGGAAAUGUCUUUACUGGAUGGAUAUUUGUAUUGGGUUCUAAUGGGGGUAAUAUUGUCUGUGACAAUUUUUGUAUGGAAAAUUGCAGGCAGAACCAACAAAAGCUUGGAAAUGUCAGUGCCCCGAGGAUCCUCUGGAUGGCCACUGAUUGGAGAAUCCAUCAGUUUCUAUCGAGGCCUUAGAUCACUUCAACCGCGUCAAUUCAUUCAAGAUCAUGAGAACAAGUAUGGGCCAGUUUUUAGAACAAAUCUGUUUGGAAGAGCACGCAUGGUUAUAUCAGUUGAUCCAGAGUUCAAUAGAUAUGUUUUGCAGAAUGAGGGCAGGUUGUUCCAAGCCAAUUACCCGCUAUCUUUUAAAAAUCUUGUUGGGAAAUAUGGUAUACUCAAUGUCCAUGGUGAUCUUCAGAGGAAACUCCAUGCAAGUGCUGCCAAUUUGCUGAAGCAUGAGAAUCUCAUCUCAGGCUUCAUGGAUGAUUUACAAAAUGUCUUCACUGCAGCAAUGGAGAGAUGGCAAAAUAAGGGUGUUAUUCAUCUUCAGAAGGAAUGCCAUAAGGUUCUUUUGAAUAUUAUGGGUAAAAAGUUGUUGGACUUACCUCCUUAUGAAGAUUCAAAAGAAAUCUAUGAGGCUUUUGAGGCAUAUGUGGUAGCUAUCCUUCAAAUCCCCAUCAAAUUUCCAGGAUCUAAUUAUACAAAAGGGAUUAAGGGAAGAGAAGCAUUCAUAAGAAAGGUUGAAGAGUGUAUAGAGGAGAGAAGACAACAUCCUGAAGUGAUUCGUAAUGAUCUAUUGACAAAAUUUUUGAAAGAAGAGUCAUGGUCAAAUGAAAUUAUUGGCGAUUUUUUAUUAUUUUUGAUGUUUGCUGGUUAUGAAACUUCUUCCACAACCAUGGCAUUUGCUAUUAAAUUUCUCAUGGACAACCCACAAGCAAUGAAGGAGCUAACGGCUGAGCAUGACUCUCUAUUAAAGGAUAAUGGAAAUAGAAAGCUAACAUGGGACAACUAUCAAGCUAUGAAAUUCACUCAUUGUGUGAUAAAAGAAGCUCUUCGAUUGGGUAGUGCUGGCCAAGGGGUAUAUAGAGAAGCAAAACAAGAUGUUAAAUUUAAAGAUUUUGUCAUUCCCAAAGGAUGGACAGUGUAUGUAGUCCUAGUUGCAAUGCAUUUAGAUGAAAAAUACUACCCUGAUCCAUUCACUUUCAAUCCAUGGCGUUGGCAAAAUGAGUCUUCCCUAGCUCUGUCUGAAAAUCCAUGGUAUAUGCCAUUUGGGAGAGGUGCUAGGCUUUGUCCAGGACUCCAUUUGGCAAGAUUUGAAAUCGCUCUAUUCUUGCACAACUUUGUCACUAAAUUUAGGUGGGAACCAAUUGAAGAUGAUCGGAUAUGUUACUUUCCAGUCCCUACUCUAGUAAAGGGUCUUCCAAUUCGCCUAUAUGCUCGUAAUUGAUGUUGAAUUUUAUGCAAAAAUACUUAUGAAUCAUAAAUCUUUGAUUUUAGCUACAUGUAAACAUAUAAAAAAAUAAAAUCGCAAGGCUUAUAUGAACACCAAAUAAAAGUUUGCUAUCACAUGUGAUAACAAUGCUAUUUUAUAUAAGGGCAUAAAGUAAAUAAAAUUUAGAUAUUAUUUUUAA